AUGUAUUUUUGCACCAAAUCAUGGUUUUUUUUUGUGUGUUCCCACAGCCUGGGUCUCAUGUUUAUACAGACAAGUGUGAGAACUGUGUUUGUGCACAUGAUGGAAACAACUUUACAAUAGCCUGCCACCCAAUUGCCUGCAACAUACACUGCCCAGCUGGUUUUAAGGUGAAGAAAAAUUCCCCAUCUGACUGUUGUGGUACUUGUGUGCAAACCAAUUGUGUGGUGAAUUAUGAUGGGUCCCACCGGCUUAUGAAUCCUGGAGAUGAACUGCCCUCCAUGAAUGAUAACUGCACAAUGUACAAAUGCUCAUUAAUCAAUGAUCAGUUUGUCACCACUGUCUCCCACAUGUCUUGCCCCACAUUAAAUGAAGAAGACUGUGAGCAUGGAAGCAUUCACCUUUCACCUAAUGGAUGCUGUAGAACAUGUAUCCAUAAGAACGACUCUUGCAAGAUACAGGCAUUUGAUGAUUAUUUGACCUACCAAGGGUGCACAUCAGUGACAAGGGUCAAAAUGUCACGCUGUGAAGGAUCCUGCAAAACAUCUUCAAUGUACUCUGCUCGUGCACAGACUAUGUCCCAUACAUGUUCUUGUUGCCAAGAGGUUCAGACUACAACAAAUAAAGUCAAGCUGCGUUGUCCUGAUGGAACAUCACUUGAUCAUAAGUACAUUGAUGUGCAGGAGUGCAAGUGUACUGGCACCAAAUGUCCAGAUAGAAAUGUCUAGCCUAAACAUUUAAGUCUUUAAGGAGGUAUAAUAAUUAAAUGAAAAAUAGAAUUAUUUCAUAAUCACUUAACCCUUAAAUAAAUUAAUUGUUAAUUUGUAUGAUUUAUAUCUUUGCCUCCUAAAA